AUGACUAAUUACAAAUAUCUAACUGAUAAUGAAAGACAGAUUUUACAACAAUGCCCUUAUCAAUUAACUCUUUCGAUUAACGAAUUAACCAAACCAGCAGUAAAAAAACGUCAUAAUCCACCACGGCCACAAAAUAGCUGGGUAAUUUUCCGAAGAGAUUAUGAAGCGCAUUUACGUUUAUGUAAUCAAAACAUCAAAUCAAAAGUGAAAGAAACAGCAAAGGAAUGCAGUUUAAAGUGGCGAAAGUUAUCAAGCGAAGUCAAGUAUUUCUUCAAAAUAUUGGAGAAAAUAGCUUGCGAGAAUCAUAAACGUACAUAUCCUAAUUAUAAAUACAAGCCAAAACAUGCAAAAAAUUCAAGCCAUAAAGAAUUUAUUUUUCGAGAACAGAAAAAAUAUGUAUCUAUUUCGCCAACUAAGUUUAGUACAAUAACUUCCAAUUCACCUCAAGAAACAAUUCAAAUCAACAGGCCGCCAUCUUUAACUUCCGAUUCACCUCAAGAACUAAUACAAACUCAAGGACCAAUACAAAUCGACAGGUCGCCAUCUUUAACUUCCAAUUCACCUCAAGAACCAAUACAAAUCGACGGGCUGCCAUCUUUAACACUAGCAAUUUCGACAGCCAUUUAUAAUAAUCAAGACUAUGCUAAUAAUUUUAUGACAGCCAUCUAUAAUCAACAAGAUUAUAGUAAUGACUUUACAACCACCAUUUAUAAUCAACAAGACUAUACUAAUGAUUUAGCUCAAGAUUCGCUCGACAACGUGUUUAAUAACGAUAAUCAACUUCCUAUUUUAUUUGAAACGGAAUUUUUCUUCGCUGAAAGUUACAUGAUUGAUAUCAAUAAUGAUAAUAAUGAUUCGAUUAAUACUUUCAACGCCGAACACAUCUAA